AUGGAAUUUGAUUCAUUUAAUUUGGAUACAAUUGUGAUGGAUCUAUUGGGUGAUGGUAAAUCAACAUCUGAUCGUCACAAUAGUACACAUUCAUUGGAAACGACUACACAACAACUCGACAACAAUCGGCAGUAUACUCUUAUUAUAUUCAACAACCCUAAAUGGUCUCGAAUACUUAAAAAGAAAUCAGAACACAUAAAGCAAGAACAUACACAAAAUACGGCACAUCAACCUACAACGACAGUUAUAAAACAAGAAGAACAAAGUCUAUCGUUGGAUGAUCAUUUUAUCAACCAAUUACGACAACUACUUAAAGAUUACAUGCAGCAUACUAAACGACCAUUUCCACUAAAAUAUUUCAUUGAUCUUACUGAUUAG